UUGAAGAUGUGUUAUUAUUUAAAGUAAUGUCAUGGCUCUGGCAUUUUUUCAAAAUCAAGCUCGUUUGAGCCUCCGAUUUCCUCGUUUCAUCAAGGUUUAGACAUCAUGGUUAGCUGUGUCCACGUGAGCCGCUUUAAACAAGCGAACGGGAUUAAAACUUAUAGGAAAAUUCACUCGCGGUUUGUUUCUUGUAUCUCGCGUGAGGACAGAAAGAGGAAGGCUACUUCGUGUAACUGCCAUGCCUGUGGCACGUAUUCUUCACGCUUGCAUUCCUGUUUAUCUUGCGUUUACUUCGGAUGUUAUACUGGUAGCCGGCAUAUUCAACAACAUGCAAGGACCUCUGGCCAUUCACUUGCCAUCGAUUUAAACCACGGAAGUGUGUACUGCUUUAUUUGCGGUGACUAUAAGUAUGAUAAAGACUUUGAAAAAAUUGGUCGUGAAGAGAACAGACGUGCUUGGAGAAGAUUGACUAAUGGACAUGUCAGAUAUCAUAUGUGGCAGCCAACAAAAUCUGAUGCCAAGCUACUGAGGGACAAUCCACAGAGAAUCAAAAUUACAACGAACUCUACCAUAGGUUUGCGAGGGCUGAUAAAUCUUGGCAAUACCUGCUUUAUGAACUGCAUAGUACAAGCAUUAACACACACUCCACUCCUACGUGACUACUUCCUGUCAGAUCAGCAUAUAUGUAAAGGUGAUAGUGAUAACUGUCUCGUUUGUGAAAUGGCGUCAUUGUUCCAGGAGUUUUAUUCUGGACAGAAGAUGCCUCAUUCUCCAUUCAAGCUGCUUCACUUGGUGUGGACGCACGCACGCCACUUGGCCGGCUAUGAACAGCAAGAUGCUCACGAGUUUUUCAUAGCUGCUUUAGAUGUUUUACACAAUUACUGUAAAGACGAUGCCCCUGACAAGAACACGUUAAAGCCAAACAACCACAACCAAUGUAACUGUAUUAUUGAUAGGAUAUUCACUGGUGGGCUGCAGUCUGACGUCACCUGUCAAGUUUGCAAUUCUGUUUCUACCACUGUUGAUCCAUUCUGGGAUAUCUCUCUUGAUCUUGGUCACGGUGAGCAAGGAAAUGGACGAAACAGUUCUGGAGCAUCUGCUGCAUCUACUCCUGACCCAGCUUAUUCUGGUGAGGAUAGUAAUGGACAGACUCCAGAACGCACCCACUUGGAUGAGAGUUUUGUACCAAAAUCAUUGAUAGAGUGUUUACGAAGGUUUACAAGACCAGAACGACUUGGAAGUGAAGCUAAAAUCAAAUGCAACAAAUGCCAGAGUUACCAGGAGUCAACUAAACAGCUUUCCAUGAAGAAAUUACCUAUUGUAGUAUGCUUUCAUCUGAAGCGUUUUGAACAUUCCAAAAAAUCCAAAAAGAUUUCUACAUAUAUACCAUUUCCUCAAGAACUGGACAUGACACCAUUCACAUCAUUAAGAUUAGGGCAAAAUGUUGAUAUCAGUACUAUAUCUCAUCAGAAUCAAUGUUUAUCAUACAACAGCAAGUAUUUGUUAUUUGCGGUGGUCAAUCAUAGUGGUACAUUAGAAGUUGGUCAUUACACAGCAUUUAUACGUCAACAACAUGAGUGGUUCAAAUGUGAUGAUGCAUGGAUCACUAAAGCAUCCAUAGAUGAUGUGUUACAAAGUGAAGGGUAUCUACUUUUCUACCACAAGAAAGUACUUGAAUAUGAAUAAAAAACAAGUGUCGAUAUAAUAAUUAGCUCUGAUUUCAACUUCUUCUUUCACUUGCAAAAAUUUCCUAAAAACUUUCCACCUCAAUUUUUUAUUCUUCUAUUUUUCACUAAGUUCUACCUCAUUGUUCCUUGUGAUUUUGUAUUUCUUGUGCUUGCAUCUUACAUACAAAAACUAUAAUUAAAUGCAUUCCUCCAUUUUUUCAUGCUUAGAUUUUUCUAAAAUACUUGCAAAAACUAUAAGUACACAAAAUAACAUAAGUUUCACGAAAAUUAUGGUUCAAGUUUUCAAUAUUUUUUUGAAAAUAUUAGGUGUCUUUUCAAGCAUACUACCAAAAGUUUCUGAACUACUUUUGGCAAAAAGUCAACAUCUAUUUGAAAUAUAUUUUAGAGUCUUUUCUUUAUUAUUUAAUUACAACAUUUAUUGAUACUCUUUAUAACAAAUAGUCUAAUCUGUGAAAAAUUAGACUGAUACUUAAAUCUUUGUCUGGUAUCCUCGCACGAAACACUUGCAAACAUUCGUGGAGUUGCUCUUUGUUCAUGCUUCGAAGCUAUUGAUGUAAAAAAGAUAGUAAAAAUAAAGAUACUGAAAAUUAUGUUGUA